AUGGCCGUGAACGCCGAAGAACUUCCUGAUUUUCUUCUCGUUUGCAAGAAAAGUGAUCCGAACAUAGUAGGAUGCGUUGAAAAUUCAGUUAAUAACUUAAAACCACAUUUGAAGGUGGGAUUUCCACAAUAUGACAUCCCAUCACUCGAGCCAAUUGAUCUCGGCAAUUUAAUUGUCGCUGGAAGUAAGACAGGUCAAGGAGUUUUCAUCACAGCAAAUGACAUCAAAGCUUACGGUGCUUCCAAUUGGAAUCUCAAAAACUUUAACAUCGGCGAGUACGCGUCGAAAUAUAAUUUUCAAAUAGAACUGCCGCAUUUGUAUGUAACUGGAAGAUAUAAUGUUGAUGGGAAAAUUCUUGUUAUACCGAUCAAGGGAAGUGGAAAAUUCACUGGAAACUUCACUGGUGGUGCAGGCGAUGUCCGAGUCAAAGGAAUUCAUAAACAAAUCAACGGCGAAACUCAUUUCAUUGUCAGUAAAUUAGACAUUAAAAUUACUGUUUCAAAAGGAAAAGUUACACUUGAAGAUCUUUUUGGAGGCGAUAAAACACUUGGCGAUAUUAUCAACCGAACAAUCAAUCAAAACUUUGAAGUUCUCAGUCAGGAUCUGAUUCCACUCAUUGAAAAAUCUUUGGCGAGAAUAUUUAAACGAACUGCUAAUAAAAUUCUUGAACGUUUCACAAUGGCACAAUUAUUUCCAUUAUGA